AGCCUUCCCUACUCCGCGACCGCCCACACAGCCUACUCCGCCGCAACCUUUUACGACACCCACCGCCCCACCUACCUGGUAGUCUAACAAUUGUAACCCGCCUACUAGCCACCACUAACCUCCUCAACAAACCCCACGCCCCAGUCCUAUAUCUCACAGCCGGCACUAGCAAAUUCACCACUCUCCUCUCCGCACAGCCAGAAUGCUACCGCGUAACAGCGGUGGACCCACACCCGGACAUGCGCCGCUGCCUCGAAUCAAAGUCCCUCCCGAACGUCACGGUCCUCGAUGGCAUGGCCGAGAGCAUCCCACUGCCCGACGCCUCCGUCGAGGUCGUCUUCGUCGCACAGGCAUUCCACUGGUUCGCCACUGUCCCCGCGCUGCGCGAGAUAGCGCGCGUGCUGAAGCCCGCGGGGUGGCUGGCGCUGGUAUGGAACGUGGAGGAUUAUAGCCAGACGUGCGGGUACGCUGUGGGUACGGGAUGGGAAGCGCGCCUGCGAGAGUUGAAUUGGAGGGUCGCGGGGGAGGACGGAGUGGUUAGGUAUAAGGAUUAUUUGUGGCAGCGGGUCUCUGAAGAGGAAGGGGAGGUGAAGCGGGGCCUGUUUGGCGGACUGCAGGAGUGGAAGGAGGAGUGGAGGGUUUGGAUAGGCGCUGAGGAGCUGUGGAGCAGGAUUGAGACGUUGAGUCACUUUGCAAAUCUGGAGCCGGAGGAGGGGGUUAAAGCUGUUAAGGGGGAGUUUGAUGAGAUUAUGAAGGGCGUGAGGGGGCAGGAAAGAGAUGGAGAGGGGAGGGUCGAGGUCAGCGGGAUUGUACAUGCUGCUUGGGCGAGGAAGUUGUGAGUGGUGUUUGGUGUAUAUAGAUAGAUAGACGGAGGAGCCGGGCUUAACCUGGCGUCCGCCGGUCAAUAAGUUAUACACGGAGGCCACCUCACUCUAACCAG